CCUUUGUCCCUCUGUGUGCAGGUGAAUGGGGCGUGGAGGAACCUUCCCUGCCAGGUGGGCAGUCGCGUCCUGGUUUUCCGCAGGGGGUGGGACACCAUCGUGAGCUGUGCCUUUGGCCUGGAAGUGGCCUUCGAUGGGGGCAGCCACCUGGUGCUGGUCCUGCCCAAGAGCUAUGCAGGACGAGUGGCCGGUCUCUGCGCGAAUUAUGAUGGAGACCCGGCCAACGACCUGCUCCCCGCACUGGGACACCUCCCGGCCUCUGGCCUGUCCAGUACCCUGGCCCUGGUCCGCAGCUGCCGUGUGGGGAUGGUCCAGGGCUGCAGAGAAGAGGCCGAUGACAAUUGGAAGCACGCCAUUGGCCAAUGCCGGGGGGACAUCAGAGGCUGUCACAGUCUCAUAGCGCAGGACGGACCCUUCCAGCUGUGCCAUCGGAGGCUGCACCCCCAGGGCUACUUUGAAGACUGCGUCCAGGAUGCCUGCCUCAUUCCCAGGAGGGGGGCCUGCCCCAUCAUUGCAGACUAUGCUGCUGCCUGCCAGGAGGAGGGGAUCCUCAUCUACCCAUGGAGGACUUCAGACUUUUGCCCCCCGCCAUGCCCGGCUCGCUCCCACUAUGAGCUGUGUGGGCCAGCUUGCCCAGUCACCUGCGGAAGCCUCUCGGGACCCGCAGGCUGCCAGGCCAGACGGUGUCGAGAGGGAUGUGUGUGUGACACCGGCUUUGUGCUGAGCGGGGCAGCCUGUGUGCCCCUGCACCAGUGUGGCUGCCUCCUCUCUGGCCGCUACUACGAGCCGGGCCUCCAGCUCCCGGGGGUUUGGGCGGAGCCGUGCAGAAACCCCUGCAUCUGCCAGGCUGGAGGCCAUGUAUUCUGCCCCUGUAAGGCCCCCCAGGCCGCCCCUGACCCUGCAGUCUCCAGCCCGGGGCUCUGCCUGAUCACUGGAGGCUCGCAUUGCCGGACCUUUGACGGCAGCAUCUUCCAACUCGGUGGGCACUGCUCCUACCCCCUGGCCAGCACAGCCCCCAACUGCCCAGCGAGCCUCCCGCCCUUCUCAGUGCUGAUGGAUAACGGGCCCUACGGGGCUGCCAUCAACCACAUCACCCUCGCUGCGGCUGGACGCCGCUUUGGUCUCGAUCGCAGGGACUGGGGCUAUGUGACGGUGGAUGGAGUGCGACGCUGUCUCCCAUUUGGGCUUCCUGGUGGGGGGGUCCGCGCCUUCAUACAGGGGUCCUCGAUGGUGCUCGUGACCCAGGGAGGGCCCCGCCUGGUCCUGAGCCAGGGCCCCCACCUCAGCCUGGCUCUGCCUGCUGCUUAUCAGGGCCACACGCUGGGGCUGUGUGGGAAUUACAAUGGCAAUGGGGCAGACGACCUCGCGUCCUUGGGUCUAGACCCCAGCUUCCGGCCCUGCCCUCGGCCCCAGCCCUGCCCCGGUCCCAGCUGCCCUGCCAUGGGGGAGGCUGCCAGUGCCCCAUUCCAGGGGCCCGACUCCUGUGGGCUCCUGCUGGCAGCCAAGGGCCCGUUUGCCCCCUGCCACAGGGCUUUGCCCCCAGAACCCUUUUUCCAAAGCUGCCUGGAGGAUGUCCUCCGGGGCCGGGGAAGCCACAGCGUCCUGUGCAGCUGCCUCAGGAGCUACGUGGCUGCCUGCCAGGAGGCAGGGGCCCAGGUGCUGCCCUGGAGGAGCUCGGAGCUUUGCUACAUGCACUGUCCCCGGAAUAGCCACUACAGCCUGUGUGCAGACCCCUGCCCGGCUGCCUGCCCGGGCCUCCAAGCCCUCGUCCGGACCCCGGGCCGGUGCGCCGAGGGCUGCCAGUGUGACCCGGGCUACUUCCCAGCGGCUGGGACCUGCGUCCCCCUGAAGAACUGCCCCUGCUUCCACCGGGGCCUCUACUUCUCGCCCGGCCAGAUGGUCCUCACUGACCAGUGCACAUCCGCCUGCUCCUGCCGGCCUGGGGAGGGGGUCUUCUGUGUCCCCUACCGCUGCCCCAUGGGGCGCUUCUGCAGCAUCAGCAAUGGGAUCCUUGGCUGCGCUGGCCCAGGUGACCUCGGUGAUCGUUCCCUUGGGGGGCUCCCAGGGUCUGUGCCGGGGCCCGGAGGCGUGGUGCCGGUCUGAAAGAGCGGCUCCCCCCACGACGCUGGCGGCCCCCUUCAGAGUGGGGCCUCAGGGCAGGGAGCCUUCCAUUCGUCACAGUUGUAACCCGGCACCCAGCCUGGCAUCUGCGCUAAGCCCUUAAUAAAUGCUCCACGAUUAUCUGGUUGGUUGAUUAACUAGC